CCCACCCCAAAAGCGAUUAAGAUAACUCUGAUUAGCCAAUUCAAGCUGCAGUUUUUGCACAAAUAGCUGAUAAAGGAAAUCUGUAAAAUGUCUUAUCCCAGUGCUUCCGCCUCCCAGUCGACAGGAACUUCGGAUCUGGACACAGAAUCCGUGGAGGUUUUGCGGGAGCGGCUGAGUACCAUGAAGCGGCUGAUGGCCGAGCGGACGUCCCAGCAGCAGAACAACCCGGCGACCACAGAGGAGAUAUUCUCCACCAAGCGACAUCGAUCGGCGGGCAUCAUCGACGGCAACUUCCUGAGCAUCGCCUUUGGCGGCGCCCUGCUGGUCAUCAUCACGGUUUCGGUGUACGCCUUCUACAAUCUCUACCACGCCAUACUCAAGAAGUUCCCAUCGCGCCACGAGGAGCUGUAAACGGUGCCAAAGAGUGUUCUUGUGGCUCUCCCCACUUGAAAUGUACGAGUUUCUGCAUUUAAUAAUAAAUUGUAGCUUGAAUUUUUAACA